AUUUUCAAUUACUUUACGCGGGUGCGAGCUACCACAGCAUACGCUCAAUGGUUCUAUAUAUAUAUAUAUAUAUAUAUAUAUUAAUCAGCUCAAGUGAUGCCAAAAAUUCUGAAGAAGAAAAGGAAGACGACGAAGAUUUAAUCAGAGAAAUUAAGGGAAAUGGGAGAGAACAGAGAGCCAUUGUUGCAGAAGCGAGAAGAAGAAGAAAAAUAUGAGUAUUUUGAGGAUUGUCCUGGUUGUAAAGUUGAUCUGCUUAAACGCUUCGAUUCCAGCAUUCCUGUUAAGGCCGUCUUCUACAUCUCCAUCGUCACUUUAUGCGCUGCUUUGCCAAUAUCAUCUCUGUUCCCUUUCCUCUAUUUUAUGGUCAGAGAUUUUCACAUUGCGGAUAGGGAGGAAGAUAUCAGUUACUACGCUGGAUUUGUAGGUUCUUCAUUCAUGUUGGGAAGAGCUUUGACAUCUAUUCUUUGGGGAGUGAUUGCUGAUCGUUAUGGUCGAAAGCCAGUUGUCAUUAUCGGGACAAUUACAGUGGUUAUCUUCAAUGCACUCUUUGGCCUUAGUACGAACUUUUGGAUGGCUAUUAUUUUGAGGUUUCUCAUGGGUAGCAUGUGUGGAAUAAUUGGCACUAUGAGGGCAUAUGCUUCUGAAAUUUGCCGAAAAGAAUACCAUGCUUUGGGGAUAUCUGCUGUAAGCACAUCAUGGGGCAUUGGCUUGGUUAUUGGUCCUGCUAUUGGAGGUUAUCUUGCACAGCCUGCAGAAAAGUACCCUGGCGUAUUCUCGAAAGAAUCCUUAUUCGGGAGAUUCCCAUAUUUGUUACCUUGUCUUAUGAUAUCACUAUUUGCAUUAGUUGCGACAGUAGUCUCCUUUUGGCUUCCGGAGACACUGCACAAGCAUAACAAAACAAACGAACAUCAAAGUCAUCUCCAUGAUGUUGCAGAAGGAACUACAAAUGGUUUAUAUUUGUCUGACAGCAUGAAGCACUCUGAACGCAGAAUCCCAAAUUCCCAGAAAAGCCUUCUUAAGAAUUGGCCCUUAGUGUCAGCUAUUAUUGUCUAUUGUGUUUUCCAGCUUCAUGAUAUUGCCUAUUUAGAGAUUUUUUCAUUGUGGGCUGUCAGUCCAAGGACCCUUGGGGGUUUAAGCUUUACAACUACUGAUGUUGGACAAGUUCUUGCCAUCACAGGUGUUGGUUUGUUACUCUUCCAGCUAUUUGCUUACCCAUUGGUGGAAAGGAUUGUGGGGCCUGUCAUGAUUUCUCGCGUUGGCGCAGUAUUAAGCAUACCAUUGCUGGCAAGCUAUCCGUGUAUAGCUUUGUUAUCUGGUUUCUGCCUAUCCAUAGCUCUUAACUGCGCAUCUAUGUUAAAAAAUGUGCUCUCGGUAUCGAUCACCACUGGAUUGCUAAUUAUGCAGAACAGGGCUGUGGCCCAGGAGCAAAGAGGAGCUGCAAAUGGCAUUUCUAUGUGUUCAAUGUCUUUUUUCAAGACAAUCGGCCCAGCAGCUGGGGGUUCGUUAUUGUCCUGGGCACAACGGCGUCAAGAUGCUGAUAUUUUGCCAGGUGACCAGCUGGUUUUCUUCGUCCUCAAUGUGAUUGAGUUGUUGGGCUUGCUUUUGACCUUCAGACCAUUUCUACAAGAGCCUGAAGACAACAUUUCUAAGUCCAAAAAUGACAGCGCAGAUCAAUCAGAAAAUGGCAUACAAGAGACGCUCUCACUAACAGAGUUGCCUUGAGUUACCAAAAUAAGCAACUAUAUCACAAGUCAAAUAUACGGACAAAAUCUUCUUUUGCUUAGAAUAAUUUACAAUCAAUUUCUAUUAUAUUAUUUUGAUUGUUUCUUCACCAAAA